GUGCUGGGAUUAUAGGUGUGAGCCAGCGUGUCCAGCCCAUAGGUCUUUAUUUCCUGUGCAAGUCUCCCAAACCAGAUGUCCCCUGUCCCUCUGAGAUGAGGCACCUUUGGUGAAAAGUGGAUGUUUUUAGAUAGAGGUAGAGCAUGUCUAAGAGUCCAGACCUUUAAAUUAUCUUGAGAACACUUUGGUUGUAUCUCCAGAAAUGAUCACUGCCAUAGUCUGCCAUGGUGACAAGCGGUUCAAAGGGUGUUGAGAAAACUAUUUGUGUCCCAGAUGCAGAGGAGAGGAGAAGCCCUGAGACAUGUAAAUUAGACCUACUGGACGGGCCUUUAGGAGCAAAAAAGCUGUAUGCGUGUGAGGGGAGAAUGUGGCAUGAGACAGUUUUUCUUCUGGACACAAGGAACCCUGUUCUGGUGAGCAUCCUGCUCUGCUCCAAGGACCUGCAUUUCAACUUGCCAGAGGGUUUUUAGCAUGACCUGGCCCCAUGAAUGUCCAGUGACAGUAAAGAUAUCCCUAGAUAAACAUUUCUUUUUUUUUCUCUCCACCAGGGCCCUGUCCAUGCUAACUUUUUUUUAAACUUUUCAAACCAAUUGAUGGUAAAGCAUACAUCAAGUCUUACUCAGUUUAAUGGACACUUAGCGGGUGCCUACUAUGUGUAAGGCCCUGUGGAUGCAAAGCUGAAGAAUACACAGAGAUCUCUGCAGAAAGACUAGGGGGGCUUCUGUAGCACCUCCAUUCUCAGCCACCCAAUCCUACCCAACCACAGUAUCUCUUGGGAGCAGAUGCUGCUGAUGUGGGCAAAGCAGAGUUAGCAAAGGCAUGACUUGUCACACACCACUGCCACAAUCUGUGGCUGUAAGGGGGCCUCAGCGACCUUUUGGGCCUGGGCUGUUUGGUUCAGCUUCCUCUUCUGAGACCCCAUCUCUUAGCUGCAUAUUAUGCUAGCAGGACCCAGGGAGAUUUAUUUGGUGACCUUUCUGGAUGCAGAAUCCAAGCAGGGGGAGGGAGAAAAUCAGCUCCGAAGCGGUUAAUUUUACUGGCUCCUAAAUUGAUAAGCGGUGGUACGUCAGUCUGAAAUGAACUCGCCUUGUUCGACGGGGUUCUAAGACAGCGGAACUCAAUCAACAGCAGGCCGCACGGUUCAAGGCUGCAAUUCAUCCCGCCGUGCCUCUGAAAAAUGGGAGGUGACAGUUCAUUUUGCCAGUGACAGUCUGUCGGUCUCGCUCGCUGCUUCUCCUGUCGAUUGCCUGGCUGAGGUGAAGUGCAGCUCAGAGACACCCUCGUUUGGUAUUCUACUCAGCUGAGCAGGAUGGUCCCAGGACCCAAGAACACUAUACUGGAAAAGUAAAAGAAUCAGAGAAGCAGGAUAACUGGCAACUGAAGUCGGCCAGCAUCUCAUGUGAAUUAGAAAUGGAAUCACAGGGUGCUAGCAUCCAAGUGACCAAAGAAACUCUUUGCUGAGGUGGCAUGGAGUUUAAGGAAAGAGAUGCUGAAGAGUUUCUGGCAGAAGGUUUGCGGAAUGAGAACCUCAGCGCUGUUGCAAGGGAUCACAGAGACCAUAUUCUACGGGGCUUUCAGCAAAUCAAAGCCAGGUACUAUUGGGAUUUUCAGCCCCAAGGAGGAGACUUUGGACAGGACAGCUCUGAUGAUAAUCACAGUGGGACACUUGGCUUGUCCCUCACAUCCGAUGCACACUUUUUGUCAGAUUAUCAGGACGAGGGAAUGGAAGACAUCGUAAAAGGAGCUCAAGAACUUGAUAACAUAAUCAAGCAAGGAUACUUGGAGAAGAAAAGCAAAGAUCAUAGUUUCUUUGGAUCGGAGUGGCAGAAGCGAUGGUGUGUUGUCAGCAGAGGUCUCUUCUACUACUAUGCUAAUGAGAAGAGCAAGCAGCCCAAAGGGACCUUCCUCAUUAAGGGCUACAGUGUUCGGAUGGCCCCCCACCUGCGAAGAGAUUCCAAGAAAGAAUCCUGCUUUGAACUGACCUCCCAGGAUAGGCGCAGCUAUGAGUUUACAGCUACUAGUCCAGCAGAAGCCAGAGACUGGGUGGAUCAAAUAAGUUUCUUGUUAAAAGAUCUGAGCUCCUUAACCAUUCCAUAUGAAGAGGACGAGGAGGAAGAAGAAAAAGAAGAGACAUAUGAUGAUAUUGAUGGUUUUGACUCCCCAAGUUCUGGUUCCCAGUGCAGACCCACUAUCUUGCCUGGGAGUGUGGGGAUAAAAGAGCCUACAGAGGAGAAAGAAGAAGAAGAUAUUUAUGAAGUCUUGCCAGAUGAAGAGCAUGAUCUAGAAGAGGAUGAGAGUGGCACUCGACGAAAAGGAGCAGACUAUGCCAGUUACUACCAGGGCCUAUGGGAUUGCCAUGGUGACCAGCCAGAUGAACUGUCCUUCCAACGGGGUGACCUCAUCCACAUUCUGAGCAAGGAGUAUAACAUGUAUGGCUGGUGGGUGGGAGAACUGAACAGCCUCAUUGGGAUUGUUCCGAAGGAGUAUCUCACCACUGCCUUUGAAGUGGAAGAAAGAUGAAACCCAGGAAACAUAUUCUUCCCCUCUACUGCCUUUAUGAGGAAACUGAUCAUCAAAAGUUCCCACUCCCUAUUUCUGCCACCCCACCAAUGCCUUGGACUCCUCCCUUUGCUGAAGAGACCCAAGUCUCUGACACCUCAGAGUGACUGUAAGCUACCAGAAAGACAAGUGGGAAGAGGUACAUUCAUCAAACCUGUUACUAAACCAGCCUAGUCAUAGCUCAUCCCCAUCUCUAAAUGUGUCCACACAUCCACAUCUGCCUUUUCCACAAGCUUUUCACAAAGAAGGUGAGAGAGAAGGAAACCUUGGGAGGAGGACAUUGCUGGUUGUUCUGGCUGGUUUGAAAAGCACAAAUAAACCUGAGAUGUGUUUCCUUGUCA